GCCUUACCAGAUUCCGGAAAUGCGUGGCUGAGAGGAAAAAAUGGCGUUUAACACAUUGCAUACGGCAGGUAUAUGUGUGGCACCAACGUAUUUGUUUAGUUCUAUUUUUUUGUCCAUACUCGUCGCUUUUGCAGCAAUAGAAACAAUAAAGUGUGAUGAUGUUUUCAGUGCUAGUCGCACGGCUUCUGUGUCGGUCUCUGCAGCUAGGGAUCUACGAUACCUUUUAUAUGAUGUAAAUCCCCCUGAAGGGUUUAAUUUGCGGAGAGAUGUCUAUAUCCGCAUGGCCUCUCUGGUGAAGACUUUGAGGAAGGAGGGGGAUGACUGGGUAUUAGUGCUCCCCCCAUGGGGUCGCCUCUAUCACUGGCAAAGUCCUGAUAUUCACCAGAUUCGGAUCCCAUGGGGAGAGUUCUUCAGCCUGACCAGUCUGCAAGCAAAUGUGCCAGUUAUUGAGUAUGAGGAAUUUAUGGCUGAAAAUGGAGGCCCAUUCAUAGAUACGGUUCUUGUGCUGCAAAACUAUGCAGAGGGAUGGACUGAUGGAAAAUGGGAGGAAAAGGUUGAUGAGCGCCCCUGCAUUGAGAAGCUCCUUUACACCAAAGAUAAACAGGGAAACUAUAGGGGCUGGUUUUGGGGCUAUGAAGAAACAAGGGCUCGAAGCGUAACGUGUUUAUCCGCUCAAGGCCAUGCAUCUAUCAUGGCUCCAGUUCUUCAAAAAAACUUCACAGCAACCUCAGUCAUGCUUGAUAGAGCAGAGACUCUUCUACAUGAUCACUAUGCUGGAAAAGACUACUGGGAUACCCGCCGCAGCAUGGUUUUUGCCAAACACCUGCGACUAAUAGGAGAUGACUUCAGAGCAAAAUAUCUGAACUCCACAGAUGAUCGAGAUCAUACAGCAUAUAAUGAAGACUGGACCCGCAUGAGAGCCAAGCCCGGCUCUGCUGUAGGAGGGCCAUAUCUAGCUGUUCAUCUUCGCAGAAAGGACUUCAUUUGGGGUCACAGAGAUGAUGUGCCUAGCCUGAAAGGGGCGGCUAAAAAAAUACUAAGUUUAAUGAAGAAACACAAACUUCAGACGGUUUUUGUUGCCACUGACGCAGAUGGAGAAGAAAUCAGGGAGCUGAAAAGAUUGUUGCCAGAGAUGGUGCGCUUUGAGCCAACCAAAGACGACUUGGAGUUGCUCAGAGAUGGAGGAGUUGCUAUUAUUGACCAGUGGAUAUGCGCUCAUGCAAGGUUCUUUAUCGGUACAUCUGUGUCCACCUUCUCUUUCCGGAUCCACGAAGAGAGGGAAAUCUUGGGGUUUGACCCCAAAACGACAUACAACCGCUUCUGUGGAGACUCAGAGAAAAACUGUGAACAGCCCACACACUGGAAAAUCGUCUACUAACUUUAACUCUGCCUUUCCAGAAACACUAGUGCCAAGAGGGGCAUUACUUCAGACAGAUUUAUAAAA